GCACUGUGCUACAUAUAUCUAUCCUUUGAAACAAUGAGUCCGUUUAAUUCGGGGUCUCUUUUAAGCCGCACAAGCUCGUACACAAACGUCGAUCUCUAGUACUGAUAACAUGCUCGCAGACGGCAGUGAGCAUAGACAAACAUCCACGAGGAGCCUUUCAGAUGCUAGCACCGACGCCCGUGCGUCCAAGCGUGCUCGCAACGCACCCGGUGGCUCGUCUUUGGACGCGCCUGGGACUCCCCCUGAAGGAUUUACUCCGACAGCCAGGAAAACACACAACAAGAAGCAGCCUCUAUCGUGCGCAGAGUGCCGAAGAUUGAAACUGAAAUGCGAUCGUGUCUUUCCAUGUCAGUCGUGCUCAAAACGAGGCUGCGCUGAAAUAUGUCCAGAUGGUGCUCUCACGUCUGGAAAAGGCAGCAGGUUCAUUCUUGCCAAUACUGAGCAGCUCCAUUCCAAAAUCAUUCAGAUGAGCGAUCGUAUACGACAGCUCGAAGACGCCUUGGAGACCGUGCAAGCCAAAUGUUCAUCUGACCCUCAUCCACUCUUACACCAAGACUCCUUACGUAUAAAAAAUUCACUCGAGCUCUAUAGUUCUCACGCGACCAGUGGACGGCAUGCCCAGACUGAAGGGACAAGCAAAGAAAAUCACGCAAGCAAUUUCCAACUCUCUGUUGCCUCAUCUUCAACACGAGACGCAGACAAAGUUCGUGAUAGCCGAUCGGAGGAGAGGUAUUCUUCAGCGGAAGCUUUAAUUUCAGAUGUACCCGGAUUGUCUCCCGAGAUCGAAAAACUCAGUCAAACAUUUCCUUAUCCUUGGUUGCCCAAUAAUCCUAUGCGACAACGGAUUUAUGAGAUGUUGCCGUCUCGGCAAGAGGCAGAGUACCUUUGCACGCAAGCUCGACUGAACGCUUUAUGGCAGUACAACCUCGAUCCAAGCGAAACUUGGCUCCCGAAUCUAGUUCAUCACGUAUACACCACGCCAGUGUCAAGCCUUUGUUUCCGCCGUCUCUCUCUGCUAUUCAUUAUGAUGGCUAUCGGGCUACUCGUUGAUCUCAACCAACAGAACGAGUCUCCAAGAGCUGAGGUGUUCCAUCGGCUGGCGCGAGCCUCCUUAUGUGAGAUGAAUCUGAUGGACGAACCUAGUUUAGAUCUACUGCAGACUUUGUUCUACAUGAUUUGGUAUCUUCUUAUUUUCUCAGACAAGAGUCAAGCUGUAGCAUAUGCAUGGAGUAUCAUGGGACUUGCCGUGAAGCUUGCUCAAAGCUUAGGCCUACACCGCGAUGGCAAUAGAUGGAAGGUAAUUCCCGAAGAGUCUCAGCGGCGACGAAUGCUUUUCUGGGAACUUCUGAAUUUAGAUGCACGCCUGUCUCUAUCUCUUGGUCGACCACCUUCUCUUUGCUUACAGCAUGUGGACUGUCGGCGACCAUCUUAUGCUGCAGAGGGGAUGUACAUCGUCCCCGGAGCUCAGUCAUACCAUGAGUGGAAGCACGGGUUCUUCCUGCACUGUCUUACACCGGUCCUAGUCACUGCAAUAUCUGCACAACCGCAAACCUAUUCUGGCAUUCUGGAUGUCGACAAAAAAAUCCGAGACUUCCACAUCCCCCCCACACUAAAUAUAUUCAACUCAGAGGGCAUCACGAAUAUCCGACAAUUGACUAUGCAGCAAGUGCUAGUAGCUAGCGGGCGAGAAAUCGUCCUGCUGCAGCUUCAUAGGAAUUUUUUUACUGAGGCACUUAGUGAUUUUGAUACUUUCACGUAUCAACACAAAUAUGCGCCGUCAGUUCUUGCAACAUACCUUAGUGCCUCCCGCCUCGUUGCCACGUUAGGGACCAUGCUACGUCGUGAGCCCCAGCUGAGCAAGCGGUUCAUGUGUUUCUGGUUUAACGCAUUCUCUGGCGCGGUUGCAUUAUCAUUGAUCGUUUCCAGAAUACCCUUCAUCAGUCUAGCACCAUUUGCGCUGAAGGAGUUAGAUACUAUUUACCGCAUUUUUGCGAACGUGGCCGAGGAAUGUUCAAAGGUCGCUCAAGCACUGCCUUUACUCACAAAAAUGGCAGAGAAGUCACGUCGGACCUACAUCCAAUGGCUCAAAACGUCCAGAGAUACCUCAACCAUGGAUAUCGACGAAGCGUCUCAGGAGACACCUGUCAGAUCAGCUGUGUGCAGUACUGCAGGGGAUUGUGCGAACCCUUUUGACGCUGCACACUCGUACUUACAGCAAACGCUACGAGAGAUUGAGAUAACUACUCCUCCAGCCAUCCAGGAACUUCCUGCUUAUACGCCUCAGCAGCCCAAGCCAAUGCCAAGUUCACACAUAGAACAAGUAGAGCAACCUGAAGAGCUGGUCCAUACCCCCGACUUGUCCACGGACAUGCUUUCACUUGCUUUAGGUUUGAAUGAGGAUCUGGUUGCGGCAACUUUGAGACACAGUGCAGACCCUUCGACUCCUGCGGGCCAUACAGCUCAGAGGGUUGGGAACCAUACAUUCAACUUUGAUUUUGGUGCACUAGCUUCAAACGUCGAGAACCAGAACAAUACAUAUAUGUCAUGGUUUUGAUGAUUUGUACUCGAGUAAUUCAAUAACCUGUAGCUAGAUGUCCUGAGAAUAUUACUUUCGAGCUCUCUGAACCC